CUUAUGUACAGAUAAAAUAUUUCUAGACAAAGUCAAAUGAACCAAAAUAAAAACGAAUAAAGUACAAAGUACAUCCUUCAUUCUCUUUUAAAUGCAACAUUUUGACUCUUAAGCUAUUCAUAUACUCCACUUUGACUAGUAUUGCUAAUUUAAGUUAAAGAAAAAAUAUAGUCAUGUGAAAUCUUAUAUUGUAUUCAUUUCAGCUUAUAGUUUAUUAAUAUCAAAUUUUCAUAAUUUUUUUCAUAUUAACAAUAAAAAAUAUUAAUAAUUGAAAUAACACCUUGACAAAAAAUUAAUCCGUAAUACUUAGAAUUGAAAAAGUAUUUUGUUAUGGAAAAAGGAAAAGAAAAAAAAAAAAAAGUCUAGUUUACUGUCCGAUGAUACAGAGUCUAGACGUCAAAUAAAACUGACGUUAAACUAACCAACAUUUAAAAAUUUAAAUCAUCCCACUCAACUCAAACUUCCAUUAUUAUUAUCAUUAAAUAAAGUCGGCUUUGUUAUAAAUACCACUGCCAUUCUACUGCGUCACUGCCCGCAACUCUCUUUCUCUCUCAAUAAAACCCAACACCAACACAUUUUCUCUCUCCUCUCAUUUCUCUUUUUCAAUGGUUGCGUGAAAAACAAGUUUAUUUCCAUAAAUAUAAAUCAUACGAACAAACAAAUUCACUGUUUUUGUGCUUUCAUUUUAAAAUCAGCGUAAUUUAAUGGGGAAAAUUAUGACAGAGAAAACGAAAGUUGAAUCUGUGCUUCACAUUCUCAGAAAACAAUCUCCUCUCUCUCUCAAACAGGAGAAAUUCUGCAACACGGCGUGUGUGGAGAGGUUUUUGAAGGUGAAAGGGGAGAAUGUGAAGAAGGCAGCCAAACUAUUAAGAGCUUGUCUUACGUGGCGUGAUACUAUUGGAACUGAAAAUUUAAUAGUGGAUGAAUUUUCUGGAGAGUUGGCGGAAGGAAUAGCAUAUGUAGCGGGUCAUGAUGAAGAAGCCAGACCUGUUAUGGUUUUCCGAAUUAAGCAAGAUUAUCAGAAGUUCCAUUCUCAGAAACUAUUUACUCGACUAAUGGUAUUCACGCUUGAAGCAGCAGUCCAAACAAUGCAGAGAAACACUGAGCAAUUUGUUAUCCUUUUUGAUGCAAGCUUUUUCAGAUCAGCAUCAGCAUUUAUGAAUAUAGUGCUCCCAACACUGAAGAUUGUGGCCGAGUACUAUCCUGCCCGUCUUCAUAAGGCCUUUGUCAUUGACCCUCCUCCUCUUUUUCAGUAUCUCUGGAAGGGAGUACGCCCAUUUGUGGAGCUAUCAAACUUAACCACAAUAGUUUCCUCAACAGACUUCGAAGACUCAAUCACCCUAGACUACAAUGACUUCUCCAUGUACCCAAGAGCCGCUUCUCUUCGAUUCGAUUCAUCCUCAAUCCCGGUUCACUCCUCGGCCGCCAAGAUCGGCGCGUGCGCCUCAUCCCGGUUCUCCUUCACCGUAUCUCACAGCUUUGACUCCCUCAAACCGUGGUACCUAAGCCUCACUAGUGACACUACCUCAUCUUCCAAAGUAGGCCCCACAACAACAGCUACAACAACAACAAACUCCACGUCAUCUAUCUUGGGCCCCAAUCCUCGCUCAUUCUCCUUUGCAUCACCCAUUGAUAGAACUCCACGUGGCGGCGGCGGUUAUAACAACUUUAACGGUGGUGACAAACUAUUAAGGAAGAAUUUCAUCCCUUCUACACCACUCCCUCAAAAGUCCCACAAUGCCGAUACCGCCUCGGUUAAGCAACCUCGGACACCGAAGCCGUCUUUCCUCCACUCUCCUGCGGCGGCAUUGUUCGGGAGGCGCGAGACACCGGCUCCGGCUAGCCAUGCUAUUAGUAAGGGUGAAAAGUCUAGAGAAGCUUUCUUUCCCUACUUCAAGUUUUACCGUAGACCUUACGAUGAAAUGAUCUACCGGUCAAAAAUGAAGCCUCCUCUUGGUGGUUUAAUCUCGAUCGUCGCUCCCCAACACCUCCGGCGCCGCCACAUGUCAGUUUCUCAACGUUUUUGAAGCAAUUUUACUACAAAAAAGGGAAAAAGGGUGGGUACAUAAAGAGUAUAUUGGGUAAAUUAACAAUGAUCAUGAUACCAUGAUGUCCAACAUUAUUAUAUUAUAAGGUUGUUAAUUAUUAUUACUA